UUGAGUGGAUUGCUGCAGUGUCCUUAGCUGCUGGAGCAGCUGCGGUUGGGUACCUAGCUUACAAAAAAUUGCUCUCUAAAGACAAAUGCUGCAAAGCCAUGGUGAAUCCUCAUAUCCAGAAGGAUAACCCCAAGGUAGUCCAUGCAUUUGAUAUGGAAGAUCUGGGAGACAAGGCUGUGUACUGUCGCUGCUGGAGGUCUAAGAAGUUCCCACUGUGUGAUGGUUCUCACACAAAGCACAACGAGGAAACUGGCGACAACGUGGGGCCUCUGAUCAUCAAGAGGAAGGAGGCCUAGUGAACAGUAGAAGCUACAAAAUGAAUGUCUGACAAAUCCUCUGCUCACUUGUAAUUGGGGGGGGGGGAACCACAAAUCCUUUGUCAUGUCACUGAUGACUUCCCAGUGUAGUAUAUAUACAUCAGGCUUCAGCAUGUGUACUUCAUGUGCUUGUUGUCUUUCAGUCACUACAAUGCAUAACUUACUCAAUAGUCAUGGUUCAAACCUUUUGUGCUGUCAAGUGUGUGUACCCUCUCACUGAAUAUGAAGCUAAAACGACACACAGAAUGUACUUUGUCAGGAAAUAGGGAUUAAAUUAUUUUCAAGUAUGUGUGUACUGCUAGAAUAUGUGUGCAAAGGGUAGAGCCUGAAAUCCUGGAGAGGUUCUAAAGUCA